ACGGAGUCUGCAAAGGGACAAACAAGUCAGCAUCGCAGUUCACCUUUAGCUGCUACCUUGUAGCGUAGCACAACAAACAUGUUUAUAAUCAGACCUGCCUCCAUCCGCUGGACCUGCAGGUUAAUAAAUCAGCGCUGGACCAAGAUUCCGCUGUGUUGUUCACUCAGAAGUUAUGGAACUGAUGAAGACAAGAGAAUACCCAAAAUAUACACCAAAACUGGAGACAAAGGUUUCUCAAGCACAUUUACGGGAGAGCGGAGGCCAAAGGAAGAUCACAUAUUUGAAGCCUUAGGAAACACUGAUGAGCUGUCUUCAGUCAUUGGACUGGCUCGAGAGUUUUGCCUUGACAAAGGUCACACAUUCACACCUCAGCUGGACAAGAUACAGUGCAUUCUACAAGAUGUGGGAUCCAACAUUGCCACCCCUCGAUCAUCAGCAAGAGAAAGCCAUAUAAAAAGAACAAAAUUUACUACUCAGCCAAUCGCAGACCUGGAAAUCUGGAUAGAUGAAUUUACAGAAGAACUUCCUCCACUGACCAGCUUCAUUUUACCAUCAGGUGGGAAGUGUAGCGCUGCCCUGCAUUUGGCCCGGACUGUCUGUCGGAGAGCAGAACGCAGUGUUGCUCCAAUUGUGCGAUCAGGGGAGGCAGAUCCAGAUGUUGCCAAGUUCCUGAACAGACUGAGCGACUACCUGUUCACUGUGGCCAGAUAUGCAGCAAUGAAAGAAGGCAACGAGGAGAAAAUCUACCAGAGACCAGAAUGAUCACACUCAAAUGCAUCGAGUAACACAUGAGCAAAAUGUUUGGAGCAGAUACCUAAGACAUUUUACACACAAUGGAGGUCUAAAAGUCAUUCCCAUUUCUGUAUACAGAUUGCAUUUUCAUUUUCCUAAAUAGUGUUUGAUUAAAUAUAAGCAUUGAGUAAGUAUAUCUAUUAAUUGGUUUUCAAGAUGUUUUUCCAUAUUUAAUAAAGACAUAAAUAUUUU